UUCAGAGAAGACACAGCAAAGAUGGCUAGGAACGCUUCAAGUUUAUUAAUAAAUGUAAACGAUCUGCUGUAUCUACAAGGCGUUGAGAAACAAAGAGUUGAGUUUAAGAGAGCGUGGCAUGGAAAACGAGAAGGAGGCACGUACUGGCAAGUCGUUCAUACAAUUUGCGCCUACGCCAACGACUUCUUUAAUGACAAUGGCGGAUACAUCAUUAUCGGGGUCGAUGAGAAGGAAAGCUGGGAAGACUCAGACGAUCGUCAAGUAAAUUUUCCACCGGUCGGUGUUCCUGCAAAAGAUCUUGAGCGCAUACAGAGGGAGAUACUUGGAGCUUGCCGGGCCCAAAUAAAGCCAGAAUAUCUCCCUAUACUCUCGCCUGAAGUGGUUCAAGUCCCAGGUGGAAUUCGAAAGCACGUGCUGGUUAUCUGGGCCAUGGCUUCCGACAACAAGCCUCACACAAGCAAAGAAAGCGAUAAAGGAAGGGACCUUUAUUAUGUGAGGCAAGGAACAGAAACCAAGAAGGCAACUCAAGAACAAAUCGCGGAACUAUUGCGCCAAGGAAAUAAGAUUCCAUUUGAUGACAGGAGAGCAAUUGAUUAUGAAAGCGGAAGGCAGCUGUCUGAAGAGGACAUAGACUUCAACCUUGUUAAGAGGUUUUUGACGGACGUGCAGUCUAAAUUGCUUGAACAUAACGACAACGACCCAAUUGAGUUUUACAAGCGAAUGAGAAUACUGCGACGCAUUGGGGAUAAAAGAGAUGGCGACCAGCUUCUUCCAGUCUGGGUACCAAGGAAUGUAGCCCUACUAUUCUUCCACCCUACCCCUCAUGAGUUCUUAAGAGGGGCAAGAACUGAGAUUGCUAUCUACAGCCAUGAUGAUGUGACAGACGAAGUGCCGGUCACAGGACCAAUUGAUCAACAGAUUGAAACAGUGCUGUCAUUUAUUUUGAAGAGAACAAAAGAAGAUGCUCGUUAUGAAUUUGUGGCAUAUCCAGAAAGGGCUCUUCGUGAAGCAGUCGUAAAUGCCUUUCAUCACAGAGGGUAUGAAGACUGCAACUGUGACCCAAUCAAAAUCCACAUCAAGCCAGAUUGCAUUGAUGUUAUAAGUUACCCAGGUCCUAGCCCAACUCUUACAAAGGAGCAUUUUACGGAAGGCAGUAAAGUACCAGAGGUACCAUCAAGGAACAGAAGGAUUGCUGAGUUCCUUAAGGAGAGAAAAAUGGCUGAGGCACGUUUUACUGGGGUAAGAACAAUUUUCAAAUCGAUGAAGCAGAACAAAAAUCCCGAGCCAUCAUUUGACUUUAAUUCAGCAUACUUUCGCGUCUGCCUUCCCGGGCACCCAAAGCACACAGCUUACUCGAUUCUAAGAGAUGUGAACACCCUUUGUGCAAAGGGCGAGAAAGAUGAUGCUGUGAAACUUCUGAUGGGAAUUCUUGAUGGCCAUCUUCAAAAUGAGAACCCAGUCCUUUGUUCUGACAUGUUGAUUUGUAAAUUGCUGGAGCUGUAUGAUAAUGACAUCAACCAUCAAGAUGUGCAACCAUAUGAAAGAUUCAUCUCUGAGAAACUGAAGUUUCGCAUUCCACUUAUCUCGGAGCUGUGCCAGUGGUGUGUUGCCGAUGAAAUGCCAGAUAUUUCCAUCGGGGUUUCUAUCGUUAAGGAACUAGUGCAAAAAGGAGCGACCAACGAGGAUCUACAGUCUGCUAUUUCCAAAGCAGUUUCUUUAUGUCAAGAGCGAAGUGAAGAUGGAAGAUCCGUUUUGGAGUCCAUCCAAAAUGCACACAAGUUGUUCGAGGCAAUGGGUGAUGUUACUCAAACAAAUUCUUACGUAGCAUUUCAGUUUGCUUGUUGCAAAUUUGAUCUAUAUAUAAACACGAUAAAUCAAACCGAUAAAUUUCGUGAUAAACAACACGAAAAACAUCGAGAUAGACAAGCAGACAGACAUCGCAAGGAUCUCAUGCCCUACCUAAAAGAAGCAGAGGACUACGUCAACAAGGCCGUCCAGCUCACAAAUGAAGAAUACAAGCAUUACCUAGCAAUGCAGUAUCGACAGCUUGGCUACAUUCAUUCUCAGCUGUACCUGAUUAAAAAAUCAACAGUAGCAACGAUCACCGCUUUCUAUGACAAAGCUCGAAAAUACAAUCCAAAAAUCAAGAUCAGUCGGGUAUUCAUUCCACUAGAGUACCAGUCCCAAUACGUGCCAUCGUCGCCCAGCUUCGAGAGUCCAGUUUCUGACACCUCUUUUGGGUGGUAACCGAGUUCAACAUUUAGAGUAAAGACUGUGGCCAUAAGCCAACCAAAGAGUUUACUUGUCAAAAGUUGUCUGCAAAUGAAAUUACAACAAAGAAGCCCUUCUGUUUUCAGUGGGAUUUGACUGACUGUUCAUCCAGCAUUCCACUUCCAAUGUACAAGCCACUCAAACUGCAUGAAGAAUUCAGCAUGUACUGGUACAUUUAGCCCCAUGUAAUAUCACACCUAAAAUCCACUCACUCAUACAGUGAAAUCCAACAUUCGAAUACCACUGGCUAAAGCAACAUAGAGUGAUGUUCUAUUAAAUGACAGUGAGUACACUGGACUGGAUGAGUUUCUGCCAGCAUAAUA